GCGGAGCUACCCUGGGUGUUGAAGGCGGGCGGAGGGGGGCAGUUUUUCGCAAAGAGCUUGAAUUGCGAGCUGUACAAUAACAUUCCCGGGAGGAAGAGCGGUGGCUUCCUUUGUUGAUUGGUGUUCUAGCAAAGGGUUCCUGAUGUCUUUGGUUGCUUAGGUGUGUGGAGUUCAUCAGCAUCUUCCAACAUGUCCCAAUGGCAACGCAUUCAAAUGCUGGACAAGAUUCACAUGAACCAGAUAGAUUGUCUCUACUCAGAUGACUGCUUACCGAUGGAAGUGCGUCAGUAUUUAGCCUACUGGAUUGAGGAGCAGAGCUGGAGCCAAGCCGUAGAACUGGACCCCUCACAAGCCAGCUAUCUUUUCCAUACCAUGCUGUCUUUACUGGAUGAUCAGAUCGGAGGUCUGGCGUUGGGGGAAGAGAAAAGUGCUAACAUGUUACUCAAGCACAACUUGCGCCGUUCAAAAUUGCAUCUACAGAGCAAGUAUCAAGACCAUCCCCAGGAACUAGCCAUUGCUAUUGAUGCUCUACUGAGACAGGAGAGAGCAAUUCUGUCUGAAGCUUUUGCUGCCUCUCAGGCAAGUGUGGAUCCUCCCCGUAAUCCUCCUGUGCCUACCGCACAGCAUAAGAUUGAGGAGCGGCUAAUGGAGAUACGCAAGUCAAUUCAGGGCCUGAAAUGUUUGAUUGAGCAACACGGUGAUUUGCAGGAUAAUUUUGAUUUUUGUUAUCGGACCCAUUCGCAUUUAGAAAGCACCACUCCGGCUAGGGAGCCUCAGCGGACCAGAAACAUUAACAAGUUACAAAGCAUGUUAAAUAAUUUGGACCGCUUCCGCCAGGAUAUGCUGGAUCAAAUCUGCGAACUUCUUGGACGCUCUGCUACUCUAAGAGAUUUACUUCUGGAGGAGGUAGCAGCAUGGCAAGUGCGCCAGCGGUUAGCUUGCAUUGGGCAGAAAUGUGAUACCAGCUUAGGGCGUCUGGAAGAAUGGUUUACGAACAGUGCUGAGAUCCUCUUCCACUUGCAACAGCUAUUAAGGAUGUUAAAAGAGAUGUAUGAAAAAGUGACUUACUUGACAGAUCCCUUAAACAGCCGGUUGCCCCCUCUGCUCAAGACUCUUCAGGAGCAAAUAAUCUGCCUCUUGAAAAGUGCUUUUGUGGUGGAGGUACAGCCUAAGAUGCAAGUCCCCAAUCAACGUCCACUGGUGCUGAGAACCAGCCACAAGUUCUCCGUCCGGGCCAGACUACUGGUAAAACUGCUGGAUCGAAAUAACUCAAUGGUGGUGACGAUUGGCAUUGACCGGGAUGCUACUAAUUUGACUGGGUUCCGGAGGUUCAAUAUUUUAACAUCCAGUAAAAAAACCUUGACGAUGGACAAUCAAAAGCAAGGACUCGUUUGUGAUUUUAAGUACAUUUCGCUGAGAGAGCAGAAAAUCUCUGGUGCAGGGAAAGGCAACAAAGGGAUUAGCGAGGGAUCAUUGUCUGUCACCGAAGAAUUGCACAUUAUCACUUUCACCCUGGACUACUGCUAUGAAGGUAUCAAGUGCCAGCUGCAGACAUCAACCUUGCCUGUGGUGAUUGUUUCCAAUGCCAACCAGCUCUCCAGCGCUUGGGCUUCCAUUUUAUGGUUUAUUAUGCUCAGCACAGAUACUAAGAACCAACUGUUUUUCUCCAAACCACCAGCUGCCACCUGGAUCCAGCUUUCCACUGUGUUGUCCUGGCAAUUCUCAGCAGCCACUGAGCGAGGCCUGGACAACCAACAGCUCAAAAUGCUGGGAGAAAAACUCUGUGGGCCAGGUGUGAACUCAGACAGUACCAUCACAUGGGACAAGUUUUCAAAGGAAGCGACAGAGGACAAUAAUUUCAGCUUCUGGACCUGGGUUGAUGGAAUCCUACUCCUGAUUCAAGAGCACCUGCUUCAGCUCUGGAACCACAAUCUCAUCAUGGGAUUUGUGAGCCGCAAACAUGAAAAGCGUUUGCUGAAGAAGAAAAGAGCGGGCACCUUCCUAAUACGUUUCAGUGAGAGUACCGCCAAUGGUGGCAUCACCUUUACCUGGGUAGAUUUUAACAAUGAGGGUGCUCCCCAGUUCAAUUCAGUUGAGCCCUACACCAGGAAAGAGCUGGAGUCCCUUUCUCUACCUGAUAUCAUCCGAGACUACCAGCUCCUGGCUAAGGAGGUCAUCCCAGAGAAUCCACUCCUCUACCUGUAUCCUGACAAACCACGGGAUGAAGCUUUCCGUUCUUAUUACAAAGAACGGCGGGAAGCAAGCAUGACGGAACAAAGAAGAUACUUGAACCGUCGCCUGAUCAGAGUCUCUACGCAACCAGGGGAGACUCAGACACCAGAGGCAAAGGAACUACUCCCUAUAAGCAAUGAGCCGGUCACUGAUGAAUUGGAGAAUCCUGAGUAUAAAGUGGAGGAUCUUCUGAUUGCCAAGGAAGAUCCUUUUCUUUUCCAGUCAGAUGAAGAGCAGCAACCACUCCACGAACCUUUCAACCUCCAUGAGAUUCCACAACUGCAUGUGGAUGACCCAGUUUUCCAAUGUCUGCUUCCUCUUGAGAAUACAAGCACUGGCAUUUCUGGAAAUGAUAUUGAGGAUUUAAUGAACCUUUAUGCUAAGGUAGAAGUAUAGUAUAUGUAGGCCUGAUCCCUUCAUAUUUUUGUGUAAACCAAUGAGUAAUUAGGUUUUAGUUGUAAAAUUAAUAUAAAAAGAGCAGUAGACCCACAACAUAAGUGAAUUUAGCUGGCAGCCAUAGUUUUGUAUUUUUACUUUUUAUUUUUUUUAUUCAUCAGAUUGAUAUGUCUGCCCAUCUCUGGGCAAUGUUUCUACUACCCAGCAGAAAUAUAUUUAAAGUGGCUUCUGAGAGAAAUGCCAAGAUUAUUUCCCAAAGACAGACAGAUACACACACAAUUCUCUAUAUGUCCUUUAUUCCCCCCAUUCUUUCUUGCCUAUAAUAUACAAUCAAGGGCAUUGACUCAUAUAGGAAAAAAAUUACUCUGGUUUCUCUUAGCUCACGGGUCAGCAACCCGUGGCUCCGGAGUCACAUGCGGCUCUUCGAGCAUUUCCUGCGGCUCCCAGCCUUCUCUGCCAUUUGCAGAGAGAGACAGAGAGAGGCACUUGUGCUUCUCUCUCUCUCUCUCUCUCUCUCUCUCUCUCUCUCUCUCUCUCUCUCUCUCUCUCUCGGUGGGUGGUGUGUAAAAAGAGUGGCCUCAUGCUGUUCUCGGAUGAACUGACAAGCUUAUUGGGCGAGGCUCCUACCUUGGCUGCGUCUCUGCAGGAAGCAGGAAGGGCAGGAGAGAGCCAACCCAAUAAGAAUGUUUGUCAGUUUGUUGGAGAAUAGCCUGAAACCAGCUUGCCAGGUGAGCAGAAGAUCGGAGAGAGAGAGGGAGAGAGGAAGAGGAAAGAGAAAGGGAGAGAGAAAAAGGGAGAGGGAGAGGAAAGGGAGAGAGAAAGACAGGAAAGAGGGAGAGGGGGAGGAAACACAGAGAGAGAGAGAACUCAUGCACAGCAGCCUCUAUUUCUUUUUAAUUAAACUCUUCAAUCAAGCUCCUCAUCCCUUGCGUUUGUGCACACAAGUUUUGCGGCUCCCAAUGUUUUCUUUUUUCUGGGAAAUGGGUCCAAGUGGCUCUUUGAGUGUUUAAGGUUGCAGACCCCUGUCUUAGCUCCUCUCCACAAAUCUUUGGAUAAAAGUUUAUCCCAUAAAUUGCCACUACAGGUCUAUCUUUAAUUGUGCCUGGAUUAGGGCAAAACUAGAGAUGUAGGGUUGGACAACUGGUAGAAUUGUUGAACCCUUCCUUCCUUCCUUCCUUCCUUCCUUCCUUCCUUCCUUCCUUCCUUCCUUCCUUCCUUCCUUCCUUCCUUAUAUGCACAUCCUUAUAGAACUCAUGAAAGCUGAAAUUCACUGACUUCCAAAAGGCUUACAUGUUGACUGACUCUUGAUUAUAGUUGGACCAGGUUAAGAAAAAGUCAAAGGGUAAAUUGGGGUCCUUUUGAAUUAAUGGCUCAGCAUCCAUCUAGUUUAUUAGCAGGUGUGUUUGUUUUAAAAAUAAAAUAUCACAGUUGCCAUUUGCUAGAAUUAGAAUUACCAUGACGGUAAUCAAUGACGUAAUACUGAGCUUUCAUUUCUGUUUGUCUUGCC